UGUAAAGCCUUGAGAGACCGAUCACGUCUGGCUAUGGGGGAGUGGGGAAGUGUACUGCUGUGACCAGGGGUAUGAGCUCCUCUCUUAUGUUAACCCUAGCGUGUGUUACAGAACUCUUACAAGAACUGUCGCAUGGGAAAGCGGUUAUAUGUGUACCUAAAUAUGAAUGUAAGAAAGUCCAUUUGUAAGAAGUGUGCCGGGUGGACCUAGUGCCAGUCCGUAGCAGUUACAGAUGUGGUUGUUUACCUAUAAGGAUCUUGGUGCCUCGCCAUUCCGCCUCACCAGGACCUGAGGAUGUGAUUAGUGGUUGGUGGAUGUGGUGAGGUUGUGCUGGAGUGCACGUGUGAUAGGCUUGGCCUUGUGGUAUACUUGAGUCACCAUGGAAUACUGUCGUGUACUCAGGGUUACUCUAAGCCUCCUGCCUCUCCUCCUCCUCCUUCAUAAUAGUUCUCAAGCUUCAGCAAACUACCCACCGCCAGGCCUGAGGUCAAGUAAGGAUUGGUUUGUGACAGAAGAUGAGGAGGUGGGCUCUGUGGUGACACGCCUGGUAACCUUCAAUGAUGAUAACAACACCGUCACCUUUCAACUCGAGCCUUACAACCCUGGCGACACACUCCACCAGUACUUCGCUGUCGAUUCUCGUCGAAGAGUGGUGGUUGCGAAGCCCCUCACUGGACUGUUAAGUCCUGGGGAAAAGAGGAAGUCCUACAUCCUGCGUGUGAGGUUGGUUGAUGACGGGCGCCUGAACUCUGUGACGGAGGUGAGGGUGCAGGUUGGCAAGCCAGGGGAGACACCCAGUCAAUUUGGCCCUGGCAUGUUUAAUGGCCCCUCAGGCUUCAGGGGCGAGCUACCUCAACCAAACUACCCUCCCUUCAGCACUGCAGAACCCAAGACUGUGCCCUUACUUUUAGUGAAUAAGACCUUCUACAUACGGGAGGGUGCACCAGAAGGCACCCAUGUAGACACAGUGGAAGUGAAGGACCUGUCUGGGGAUGGCUACUCCUUGGCCAUACAUGACCCUGCUCGCCUCCUACAAAUCAACUCCACAACAGGACAGAUCACUGUUGCUGCUCCACCCUCCCACCAGCAGGUUGGGUCGCACCUUGUGAAGGUUACAGCCUCCAACCCUCAAGGCAGUGCCCUAGAAGAGGUUAGGGUAGAAGUGCUUUCAGAUUCUGGGCAGAAAAAUGAACUGGACCUUCAGGUGGUUGGGGGUGGAGUGGCACCAGGUGCCGGUGUGUCAGGGAGCAGCAGCACAGAGUCUCCUAGUGCAGGAGUUGUAGCAGGAAACAGUGUGACAAUCAUCCCCAUUCUGGUGGUGAUAGGCAUUGUGCCUCUGGUGGUAGCUGCCUUCUGGUGUUGGCGUAGACACCACAGACCGGCAAAAGCACAUUCCAAGAAAAGUGCAGUGAUGUAUGACAAGGAGGAGGAAGCAGCUGCCACUGUUGAGCCUCGAGAGCAGAGUGAUGGUGAGGCACGGAGUAGUAGAAACAGCAUUACAGGUCUGGCAGCUCUUUGGUGGCGACGAGCCUCCAGCAACACCUAUGAGGAUACCUUCAAGGGGAGCAAAAAAAGAGGGAGUGAGAAGGCCUCACAGCCGUCACCAGAUACCUGGGAGUUCCCCCGCCAUCGCUUAAAGUUCAUUGGCAUAUUGGGGGAGGGUUGCUUCGGACAGGUAUGGAAGUGUGAGGCAUCAGGUCUGAAGGGUGAACAGAGCAUGCUGGUGGCAGUGAAGACCGUGAAGGAGUCUGCUGAGGAGAGGGAACGAAAGGACUUGGUGCAGGAACUGAAAGUGCUCAAGGGCCUUGGCCAGCACCCCAAUGUCCUCUCCCUGCUUGGCUGCUGCGCUGAAAAAGAGCCACUCUUCAUCAUCUUGGAGUACAUGGUGAUUGGCAAGCUGCAGAGUCAUCUGAGAUCCUCGCGGGCAGACACAUCCUACAACAACCUCCAUGGGUCCUCUUCCUCCCUAACCCCAAGGGACCUGACUCAUUUUGCCUACCAGACUGCCAGAGGCAUGGAGUUCCUCUGUCGGAAUGGGGUUAUCCAUAGAGACCUUGCAGCAAGAAAUAUACUGGUUGGAGAAGGAAACGUUUGCAAGGUGGCAGACUUUGGGUUUGCGAGGGACUUGGCCAACAACCAUAUCUAUGAGAGGAAGAGUGACGGUCGGCUGCCCAUCAGAUGGAUGGCUCCUGAGUCACUCUUUGACAACAUCUUCACUACAAAAUCAGAUGUGUGGAGCUUUGGUGUCCUAUUAUGGGAAAUUGUCACACUGGGUUCCACACCAUACCCAGGGAUGGGUGCCACUGAGGUCAUGAGAAAGGUGAGAGAGGGUUACCGCCUCGAGAAACCCGUCCACUGUCGAAGAGAGAUCUAUAACAUCAUGUAUUACUGCUGGGACAAGGACCCCAAUGAGCGGCCGUCCUUCACUGAGCUGGUGCACACUCUGGAGGGCCUGCUCAUGUCUGAAGUGGAGUACAUCGAGUUGGAUCGCUUCCCAGAGCACACCUACUAUAACUUCGGCAAGGAAAAGAGUGAUGAGCUUCUCUAGGGGUAUUUGAAGUCACUGGCAAAGGUGAUGAACGGGUACUCUUAGGAUUCCAAGGUAAGCUGUUGUUGUAGAAGAGGAUGUAGUUUAUUGAUGGGUUUCUCCAGAGGUAUUUGAUGUUUUGGGACAGGAACUCUUAUGAUCCCAAGGUAGGGCAUGUUUGUUAAUUUGUAUGCAUCACUGAAAUCAGUAGUACUCUUCUCAUUAGGGAAAAAAGUACCAGGAAAAUUGAACUGAGCAAAAACAACAAAAUAUCAAAAUAAAGUCUGAUACACUUUAUAUUGACACUAGUAUUUCAGGUUUGUAUCUCAUCUCAACCGGCGCCAUAUGAUCACUGCAGUUGUGGCACCAUGAUUGUAUAGCCCAAUCAAUUAAUCAAUUUCAGCUCAAUUUUACAAACUUUACUUCCUGACAUGAAUAGUAACUGGAAUUAUGUGUAUGAAUUGGCAAGCAUACCCUAUUAAGUUGUUGUUGAGGAGGAUGUAGAGAACCUCCUCACUCUGGUAGACUGUUCGGGGUUUGUUGCACAGUAGAACAUCAUGAGAGUACCUUCAGUUUCAAAUGGACAACAUGUGGGGUGUAAGUAAUGUCUUCUGUGUCCCUGUCUUUUCAUAUGUGUACUUGUGUAGUGGUGAGUGUGGGUGAUGUACAUUAAUUUUUGUACCCUUUCAUAUACUCAAACAUGCCUGUCAAAAGUUGCCACUCAUCUGGUCACAGUCUUGAGCUUUUCAGUCUCAAUGAACACCUCAGGAGUCUCUCAGUGUUUUGUUUUGAAAAAUGCUGUCAGAGAUGUGUCUAAGGUUCCUAGAAAAAAAUCCCUAAGAUAUAUAGAGUAUAAAUGAAUACAUGCUUGAAUAUUUGUUAUUUCACUUAAACAAGAUCUGAUAAUGUUAUUUAAGGUAGAGGGAUAGAUGAAAUAUAUGAAGUAUAUUUAACUUAGACAAAUUCAUAUUAUAUAAUCAAAUUUAUUUUUCUAGCUUGUAUCAUAGUAACUAAAAUGCAGAAUUUAGUAUGAAAUCAACCUUGACAUGCCAUCUAUAUUUAAAUAGCUAUGCAAUUAUUAUGGUGCUGAUUUCAUGGUGCUGGAAACCAUGCAUAUUUGUAAUGUUUUAUAUAUGUGGUAUUUUGUGGCUGUAAUGAGACAAGUAGCAUUGCUAUAGGUGUUGGAAUAGUGGGUGGUGUUUGUAAUGGAUGGAGAACUUUAAUACAAUACAAUUUUAUACAACAUUGAUGUAACAGUAAAGUAAAGGUAAAGUUGGAGGCAUAUACCAUGGCUGUGUGUGGCCUCAGGAACGUAAGUGAAAUAUUAUUAUUGUUUACCUUGUUUAUUUGUGUCUUAUUAAAUGUGUGUUUGCUUGUUAACACCUACAAAGAGUAUCUCCAUGAGAACAUCCCAUUUUAACUCACCUAUAAAAAUACCAUUAUUAUAAUGUGUAAUUCACUUUAACCCACCAUUACACCAUAUUAACACUACGUACCAUUUCUAUAAAUGGAGAGAGGUUAUUGUGACCCUUGCUUCAGUGACUCAUGGAAGUACUUGUUAACCCCCCAUGAGAGAACAUUGCCCAGUGACUCAGGUUUUGAUGCAAAGACUUGCUUCCUCUAUUUGUACAGUUCAUGUAUUACUCAAGUUACAGAGGUAUCCCAACCAGGUUUCCUUUAGUCUUCUACAUUCACCCUUCAGUGAUAUCAAACAGGCAUUUAAGCUCCAGCAUCUCACAUUUAUAGGUUUUGGAACAAAAUAUCCUUUGAGAAUUAAGUUUUAUUCACAGUGAAAAGUAAUGUAAAAGGUCUGGGUACAUAUAUCACAUGUUGAAAAGUGGCAGCUGAUGCUCCCCUACCAUCUUGCUAUCAGGGGCAGUGACCAUCUUCUGAAGAGUGCCUGGCACUGCUGCACUAUGUGUUCAGAGAAGCACAGCUACCUCACUCUUCAUGAAAGAUAUAAAGUCUUGUACAUUUUUGAUAGCUGUAAGGGAAGGUGGGUCAUGGAUUUUAUUCUUGGCAUCUAGAGUAAUACUGAUUAAUAAGUGGGCAGCUUUAUGCCUCUUAAAUGAAUCAAGCUGUUGGACACAGCACAACACAUACACAUAUUUUGCACCUUUCAAGGUGGCUGUCCUCUAAGUAACAGUCCUUAUUGUAGCUGUGAAACCAUUUUCAAAGCCUGGAAAUGAACCUGAUGUUAAAGAGUUGCCAUUAACAAAAGGGCUUUAACAAGAAAUAACUUAAUUAGCUUAAUCCAUUAGGUAAUACAAAUUCAUUUGGCAUGGGGAAAGACAAUAACAGCAAACACCACAGUCAGAGACACGUAUCACUUGACUCCUGCAGGGGGUAAGCACAUUGUGGAGUGACUAAGAAGAAAAAAAAUACCACCUACUUAUUUUGGUUUCAAGGAACAUAAAUAUCCAAAUACAAUUUGGAAUACACAGUAUGAAGGGGUGAAGAGAGGUACUUUUCUGCAAACCACUACUACAUCCUCUAUAAUCUUGGUCAGGACAUGUGGUAUAGGUUCGUUAUGAACAAAGUGCCACUGUUCAAUAUAGCUCAAAUGUUAUUCUUUUAUUUCCUCUGAAGAUUUUUGAGGAUGAGAGGAGUGAGCAAGAAACCUGAGUCAUAGUGGGUGUGCUCUAGUCUGGUAGGAAGGAAAAGAAAUCCUUCAGACUUUCAUAGAGAGAGGAGUUAAAAAGUUCUGGGCAUUUUUUUUUCUUUUUUGGCUACUUGCAAUUUAAAAAAAAAAAAAAAAAAAAAAAAAAGGAUGGGAUAAUAAGUGCCUUCUCUUUGUAAUGUCUUUGACAUGAGUGGUGUUUUAUGUUUUCUUAUUACUAAUAUAUUUAUUUUUUUAUAAGAAUAAAGAUUUAGAUAACAUAAU